UUGAAUGUGUCUGUUAUCUGCUUCAGGGCUGAGGCUGCUCUUUGUGCCGGUAGGCAGUCUGCACUUGUUCCUUUCAGUCCUGGCAAGAAAAAGUAGGAAUUCUAAAAAGCAGCAAUUAUCCCUCCUGGUUCCUUUGUACAGAGCUCUGUAAAUAAUUUAUUUGGAUUUGAGGGCCUACAGACUGAAAAACAUAUUGAACCUUUUGGUAACCAGGCGAAUUCCGCAUUCAGAACUUGAAUGCAGUGGGUAAGAAAGACUGUUUCUUUGAAAUCAGAGAAGACAGAGUGACCUAAGAGCUGAGGCGUGAGUCUGGAGUUGGGCAGAUCACAGCAAGAAGGAAGUUUUUUUUUUUUUUUAAUGGCACAUAAGGAUAACUCAUGAAGUUUACUGGUCCACAUCCUUCUCCAUCGCGUGGAGAAUUUUGGAACAGCUGGCUGCAGAGUUGGAAGACACUGAACAGGGCUGAGCUGGGGCGCUUCCUAAGCCCCUCCUGCUGCACUCAAUACCUGGGUAAAACAAAGAAAAUUGUGUUUGCCAGGCUCACUUGCUGAAGUCACAAGAUUCCGAGUAUCAUGCAGCACUCUGGAAUGCUUGCAAAAACUCAGAAGGGGCUCACCGCAAGCCACACAGGAACAGCUGCUCACCGGACUUUUCAGAUAAAGACAUUUAGCACAGAGUUGAAAAACCAUGUGAUGGUCAUGGAUUUCGUGAAGAGUAACUGGUUUCCCUCGCAGAGAAGAGCUAAAGUUUGUAUCAUCCAUAUGUGUCAAGGACUCAAGACAGCUGAGCAACCAGCCAGCAGAUAUGAGAUCCACAGUCAGUUUUUCUCACCUGCCAAAGAUCACUCUGCCUGGGAAAGAAAUGAAAGUCUUUUGAAUACAGGAUUACAGGACAACUAUUAUAGUACAAAAGAUCAAAUUUCCCUUAGAACUCUCCAGUCUGAUGUUACAGAGAGGAAAUCUAACUUCACCAAGGAAACUCUGGCAUCACAAAACACAAAAAUGAUUUCAUCUAUAGUCAUUUCGCAACUGAUUGAUGAAAACAGAUCAAAAGAAAAUGCGACUGCGUUGCCACUGCCCUGUGCCAUGGCUCAGCCUCGAGCCUGUCCCACAAAGCCUGCUUCAGCUCACCUCAGCCGCGUCAACAUCCACAGGGCAUUUGCAUUACUUCCGGACAGACUAGGAAUCCCUACGCAGUCAGAUGGAGGAGGACCACAGAUAGAUUUGCUGCCUUCAGGGCAGAGCGCAUGUGGCCAUCCCCGCCAAGGAUUUGCGUCCAUCACCAUCACGGCGCGGCGCGUGGGCCCCUCGGCUGGCGCCCUGGUGUGGGGCACUAUGGGGGACUCUUUGUGCCCCAAGUGUGGGGCCGAGGAUGCUGCGAGCAGGAGUCCCUCAGCCUGGACUGGUGGUCCCCAAUCACAUCCACACUGUGGACCUCUCACCUGCACAGAGUUCUCCAGGAAAGGUUCUGAGGUGAGGGUGAAGACCCCCGAGGCUCACGUGCGGAGGUGUGCAGGUCACGAGUACUGGGUCACACACGUGGACAGCAAAGACAGCAAUUUUUCUCCAGACACCCCACCUUCCGGAAAGGACCCGCUGGUGUUUACUUCCUGUGUCCGCCUCCGUGUGUCUCGGCAGUGUCCCAAUUCGUUCUACUACUUGAAUAAGUCUCUUUCUGUCCCAGGGGAGCAACCUCAAGUUGUCAGUCCCCAAAUGCACAGAUCAGUCCUAUCUCUCAACCUCAGUUGUAGUUCCCACGGUCUAACAGCAGAUGGAGUAGAUGGCAUAGCUAACGGAGAGCCAAUAAGCAGAGCCCUGAAGCAGGAGCUCAUCCAGGGAAGCCAGCACCUCCUAGGCUCGCCCUGGAAUCCAGCUUUGCCGGAAAGUCACUCGAAGGAAAAUCCUUCAUUGGGUCCUGGACGUUUGGGGACUGGCACAUGUCCUUGGAGUGACUGUCCUUUACUGGAAAAUACUGAAAUUGCAGAUGUGGAAACUAACCAGGUUCCUGUCAGGAAAGGAAAAGACCACCAUGCAACUUGUCCUGCCAGCGGUCAUGACAACCAACUGUCCAUUCACAUUCCUGGCUGGAGUUACAGAGCGGUAGAAACAAAAGUAUUUUCUGGAAGCAACAAGAAGCAGCAAGGAGAAGCACCAGUGACUCUAUCCGCUCCUCCAGUGAAACAGAAGCCCAUUAAAUGGUUCCUUCCUGACGAGGACAGUUCCCAAAAUGAUGGCUGUCCAUCUAGUGACCUUUCUAAGCUCACAGAGAGACGACCUCCAAGCCUCCUGAGACCCAGAGUUGCUUUGCCUGGGUUCCUCUGUCCUUUUAAAGAUUCAUGCACCUUUACACAAGAAGACAGUGGUGCUCAAAUAGAAACAGAGCUCCCCAAAGGAGAUUAUACAUGCUGUGACUUGGUUGUAAAAAUAAAGGAAUGUAAGAAGAGUGAGAAUUCCACCACUCCUCCUGAGGUCUCACCAGCAUCUCCCUCACCAACCCUUCUCAAGGGACCGGAAGCCCCUGGUUUGUCAGAAGACAGUCCUCAUCCUCAGGAAACCCCUGCAAACCCCUUGACCUUGCAGGAAGCUCUGGAAGUCCAUAAACCUCAGUUCAUUUCUCGCUCACAAGAAAGGCUGAAGAAGCUAGAACACAUGGUACAACAGAGAAAAGCACAGCGGAAGGAGAGCCUGGGGCAGAAGCAGAGUCUUCUUCCUGUUCGUGCCAACAAGAAGCAAUUCACCAUUCCCCAUCCCCUUAGUGUGAACCUUUUUCACUUUGGGAAGAAGCAGAAGCCCGAGGCAGUGAAGGAACUUAUGCAGAUAACUUGUUCAAACCCAAAGAAAGGUACAUUUCAGAGAAGGAGAUGCACAUGCGAUCUAAAAGAAUCUAUAAUAACUUGCCGGAAGUUAAAAAGAAAAAAGAAGAACAAAAGAAAAGGGUGAUCUUACAGAGUAACAGACUCCGUGCUGAAGUCUUCAAAAAGCAAUUACUGGACCAGCUUCUUCAAAGGAACGCAGUGUGACCUCAGGCUGCCCUGCUGACCACCACCCGGACCUGGAAAGACUUCAAACACCGGAUUAGCCAUUAAACUUACCAUUAUCUUCAUGAAAAUACUUAUUUUGUUUUUGAUUUUAUUUUCAUAAAGGAAAAUACCACUUUUUCAGUGACUGACCCAAACAAACAGAAAGGGUUAUAAGUCAACAAUCUUGUGGCAAAAUCAACUAUAGACUUACUCCUCUCAAUUUUUGACUUUGGAGUUUUAUCUUUUAAUUCUGAUGUUUCCUCUCUACCCUUAUGACCCAAGCAGAAAGUCCUGUGCACUCAAAUGUGCUUAGAUCUCUGAGGAAUAUUUUUUCAUCAAACUUCUGGGAUUAGAAUCCAUCACUUUUAAAAGGCAGUCCCAACACCUGACAGUUCUGCAACUUCAUAAUGUGGGUCAUCAGAAACUGUCUUAAAAUGUACAUCCUUUGAUGCCAGAGGCUCUCUUUGGGAAUCAGCAUGUCAUACGCUGCAGACUAGAGCAGGCAGAACAACAGAGAAGCCCUCAGCUGCUUCUCCACUGCCCUGUGCCCAGCUCUGUCUUUUCAGUGGGAGUUUUGAGGGCAGAAUUAGCUGAAUAAAUGUGUAGGGGGUGUCAGUGCUUACCGCAUCCCAACCCCUCUCCUGACAGAAGUUGUGCUCCUAAAAUGGCCUAAUGGCUCCAACUCUGCUAUUUGUUUUUCCAAACACUUGCAGUAUCUAUUAUUUAUAAACGUGUAUCUGGGGAGUUGAGAACUAGAUUUGACGAACAAAAAAUUGAAAUAAAUGCAAUUAUUCAAAUA